AUGCCUAUAGAAUCGCUCGGCGUGGAAGGCAACCGGUUUGGCGGUGACCGUCCACACGACGACUGUACCUGCACAUCGUCAGUGUCAUUUUCGUCGUCAUCGUUGCGGGUUGCGGGUGGUGACACGAAGUCGCUUCAGCCGCCGGUAGGAGUGGUGCACAGGUGCAGCACAUCGACAUACCCACAGCUGAUGCCUAUGCAGAGCAAAGGCAGGAAGAUCGUGUACGUGUGCCUGGCAGCAGCCGUGUGGCACAUUGGCAUGCAAUGGGCGAACCUGCUGUUCCCGUAUCUGCAGUGGGAGGUACAUCCUCCGCUGGACAUGGUCGACAUCGGCGUCAUACAUGCCGUCGGCAGUCUGUCCAACAUGGUCGGCGCGUUCAUGAUCGGAGAAGUAAUAGAUAACUACGGAUGCCAGUUAUGUUUUUUCUUGUCAGCGAUUGUGACCGGCGGCUACUACGUGCUGUUGAGCCAGGUCACGUCAUACCAUGGCUUCCUGCUGGCUCAAACGCUGAGGAUCGGCUUCCACUUCGACCACAUCACCGAAAUAUUCAUCUCCACCGUCACGACCGAGAGCGAGCGGACAGCGGCCCUUCUGAAGAUGGGCCUACCGAUCGGCGUCAGUACCAUCGUCGGACCAUGGGUAGCUGGCAGACUUACUGUCGCCUACAACCUGCGGUUUGCCCAGUUCGUCAAUGGCGUUUUCACUACAGUCGGCAUCCUGCCGAUCAUCUACCUAAUUUCAGACGUGCACGGGGUGCCUCGUAUCCACUUGUCCAAACUGCGCUUCCACAACUACCUGUCGAUGCUGAGCAACGACCGCCUGUUGAAGUGCGUCGCCAUGCGCGCCUCGUUGCUAGUGCCCCUGAUCUGCUACGAGAUGGUCAGCAGGCAGUACUUGAUCAGGACGUUCUUCGAGAAGGCAAACGAUGCCACGUUGCUCUUCUGCAUCCUCGGUCUGUCCAUCCUGUUCACCAACUUCUACGCCAUCCGCAAAUUGCAACAGCACUUCAAGCCGAAGUUCGUCAUGCAGAUGGCCGUCGGUGUGUUGAUCUUCUCCUACGCGUCGCUGCCUCUCAUUUCUUCGACCCUGCAGCUCAUUUUCGUGAUGACACUCCAGACCAUCGGCUAUUCGGUUGCCCUGUCCGAGGCGGUGUCCCAACUGACGACCACCGUGGAAAAAUCAGAAUUGGGCAAGGCCACAGGCCUCGCCACAUCCCUCCAUUGGCUGCUGCACUGCACCAUACCACUGAUUGCCGGCUACGUGCUCCAGACAUGGGGACACAUUCCGCUGAGCCUCGGCGCGGCCGUCGUUUCAGGCAUCGCAUUAUACGCAAUCACGGAAUACGGCCAGUUCAUGAACAGGCACAUGGGUGAUCUACCUUUCAUGUUGAAUUAUUAA